AUGGCUGGUACUGGCUCAUCUCAUCUUCCAUUCGUCCCGACCCCCCGGGAAACCAUUGAAUCCCAUGCCCAAGUCCUUCGCGAGAUCGAUGACAGGUCUUGGUUGCUAGCCCGAGUCAUAAUAUCUAGGCACAGCUCAAAGCCGUCAUCUGGACCUUUCUGGGACGACGGCGAGGGGGGCUUCUUCGCCAUCUCUGUCGCCCCACAUCCACCACCCCUAACCCGAGAAGUCUCGGCCCCCUGCCCCAUCACUCCAAUCUUCUACAGGGGCGCUGUAUGGGGAACUUGGAGGAUUGGUCUCUGCGAGCUAAGGAUCGAAGGGUGCGCGGGCACGCCUGAGCAUGUCACCCUGAAAGCUCUGAAGAAAGGCAAGGAUGAGACGACGCCCUGGACCUUUAAGAUCCCGCGUGUCUACUACCACGCCCAACACGGCAAUGAGUACUACAUUGCUUAUAGCAUCCUUCCCGGGAAGUCUCUCUGCGAGGUCUGGCCCAAGAUCGAUGACGAUGCGUUCAAGGAGCGCAUCGCUCGGCAAAUCGCGCAAGCCUACGGGGAGCUAUCUAAGUGGCGUGGAGAGAAAAUCUGCGGUGUUGAUGGCAAUGACUUGCUUGAGUUGUACCUUGGCAAAGGUAAGCGCCUCGAAAAGUGCUGUAGUCCGCAGGAGCUUCGGGAUAACUGCGAGGAGAUUGGCAUGGACUGCUCCGACCUGGUCUUUGCCCACAAUAAUAUGAGGCCACACUCGUUCAGCGUAGACGACAACGGGUUGGUGGGCAUCAGCAGAUGGGAGGAUUCUGGCUACGUUCCUCGGGAGUGGGUUCGCACCAAGACCCUUUCCAAUGUGUUUCUCUACGGAAGAUCGUGCGACACGGCGUGGUCUGGGGAGCAGCAGCAUGAGUGGUAUGAAAAGAUCAACAGGGCCUUGAGUGAACUCAAGGUUGGGGAUAAGGCUUUUGGUGAAAAGCGGCCUCAGUUUGACAGAUGGAAUAUCAAGAAGAACAAGGAAUUGUUCGGUCCCAACCCAUCUAAGUAG